AUGCAGUCGACCCGGGCAGGUGGUACUUUACCCCAAGACACUUAUGAAUACUUUAUGAUUUCUCGUUGCAUUAAUAGCGCUCGUUUCGGAGGUGCUACAACCGAGAAAGCCGCCCCGGAACAGAACGGCAAGGAGAAAGGCAAGCCAAAGAAGACCGAAAAAUCUACCACCGACAAAAAGGACAAGGCCGCCAGCGAGAAGAAGAAGGAGGAGCAGAAGAAGAGACAGGAGAUGAAUAAGCUCCUCCACUUCCCGGCGCUCGCCAAGAACCAGGGCGUCAUCGACCAGAUACUCCAGGCCAACGUCGCCAAGCUUGCGGCCGCAGAAAAGACGCUGAUCGAGCACAAAAUCGAGGAGCUGCGGGCGGCAAAUGUCGGGCUCGAGGGCGAGGUCGAGGAGCUAAAGCGCAAGCUGAUCGAGGCCGAAAAGGCCGGUGGAGUUGCUCAAAUCCCGAUUCCGGCUCGAAAGGCGGUUGAGGGUUCGGCCGCCACCACCGCUGCUGCUCCACAAAAGGCGACAACGGCCGAGACUGCCCCAGAAAAGUCGAGCAAAGCCGAGAGCAAGCCGGAGAAGAAGCAAACUGGAGGAGGUGGAAAGGGCGGUGCCCCGAAGGCGGCUGCCACAGACGACGUCAUCGACAUUGGCCGUCUCGAUCUCCGAGUGGGCCGCAUCAUCCACUGCGAGAAGCACCCCGACGCCGAUGCCCUCUACAUGGAAAAGAUUGACGUCGGCGAGGCUGAGCCGCGAACCGUCGUCUCCGGACUGGUGAAGCACGUGCCGCUGGAGCAGAUGCAGAAUCGUCUCGUCGUCGUGAUGUGCAACCUAAAGCCGGCCAAGAUGCGGGGCGUCGAGUCGAGGGCCAUGGUUGAAAUUAUGGAAGUGGACCCUUCGGCCAAGCCGGGCACGCCGGUCGUCUGCCCGCCCUAUGAGCAUCGUCCGGAUGCCCAGCUGAACCCGAAGAAGAAGAUCUGGGAAACGGUGGCCGAAGAUCUUGUCGUCUCCCCGGACGGCUUCGCCACGUGGAAAGGCCAGCCCCUCCUCGUCGGCGGCGACAGCAAGAUGACCGCCCCGACGCUGCGCAACGUGCACGUCAAG